AUGAGCAUACGCCCGAUUAAGAAAAUAAAAAUAUCCCAGGAGAAAGAGGAGUUAGACCCGUUCUCAGCCGCAUCAACCAUCCCGGAGUACUUAAGCAUAGCGUACACCCAGGAAAUAGAAACCCGGUACAUCUCGCUAAUUGAAACCCUCAUCCUAAGGAUAAGCUCUGAGGAGAGCCAGAAGAUAUGGAUAUACGGCCCAAAAAGGAUCACCGACCACAUCAUAAAGAUACUUGCCGUAUCAAGUGCCAAGAGCGUAGAGCCCCUGCUUAAGAAGCACAUAUUCGACACCUCCAAUAUUUACUUACUAGACCUAUCGAAUAAUUCCGUACGUGCCUCACGGACUGUCCUGUACAGGAUAUUAGAGAAGGCUUCACCACUAAGCCUACUCAACAACAAGUUCAUAUUCCAGAUACCCCGUGUGGCAGAUAUGCUUACGUUAGACAAAAGGAUAGUCAGCAGAAUGGACGGCGUAAAGGCGUAUGUUAAGGAAUUAUCACAGAAUGAGUACUUUAAGAUAUUCAGUCGUGUGAUAGAGAUAAUCAAGGCACGGAGUGACAUCCCAGAUAUAAACCGGGUUAGUUCGGGUUUACAUGACUUUAUAAAGUAUUCGUAUAUGGUGGACAAUACGUAUGAAGGACUUUCUAUUAAGUUCUAUAAGUACUUAUACUGUGUACAGGAGCCUAAUCCGUAUAAGUUAUUAAGUUCAGUGCAUUUGAUUAUUCUGAUGGCUGCGUCUGUUAAGCGGGUCACUUUAUGCAGUGUGUUUGAGGAGUUUGAGAGGCGUAUUUCGUACGUGCCUCAUUUCAAGAAGGUUUCCAAGGACUGUGUGUUCAGGCGGCUUACGGACUUAAUGAGCUUAAACUUAAUUGCGCGCGGGUACUUCACGAGCGACCGGAUCGAGUUAGAGUCGGAGAUACUUUCACGGGACGAGAUAUAUUUAAAGGUCAUGCUAGAGCGGGUCAAGAAGUUCUGGACGAACAAAGUGUAAUAAGUAAUGAUUAAUACACAAUACAUAGUACACACUAUAUAAUAAAUA